GUGUGAGGUGCAGUCUUUUUGCAGGAACACAGGGAAAGCUGGAGAAGUGGAAAUCUCUCUGAAGAGCUGGAGGGCUGAAAUGGAAACUAUAUCAUUCAUUGGAAACAUCCUAUGAAGUCUUAAUUAAGAUAAAUACUAAUGGAAGGUACUUUUCAAACGUCCAUUCACCUGUGCCAUGAAAAUGGUCAAUGGAUGUCACAAUUACCAGAAAGUCUCUGGGAUAUUCCCCUCUACAACUUAUCUCUUCCAGGGAGUCAUGACACUAUGACCUACUGUUUGGAUAAAACCUCUGCUGUUAGUGACAAUGAAUCGAAGCUGGUGAAUCUUUUAAAUAAAUGUAUGCCCUGCAUUGUACAUCCCAUUAUUAUGAAGUGGUCCACAACGCAGGAGCUGAGUGUGACAGAGCAACUCGAGGCUGGAGUUAGAUAUUUGGAUUUGAGGAUUGCCCACAAAGCUAAUGACCCAUCUAUGAAUUUGUACUUCGUGCAUAUGCUUUAUACAACUGUUACGGUUCAGGAUAUCCUGUGUGAAGUCUUGAGGUGGUUGGAAUCUCAUCCCCAGGAAGUUAUUAUCUUAGCAUGCAGGAAUUUUGAUGGAUUAACUAGGAGUCUUCACUGUCAUCUUGUUGCCCGUAUAAAAGAGAUUUUUCAGUGUAAGCUGUGUCCAAGAAAUGUGGUGCCGACGCUGCGCACCCUGUGGCAGCGGGGCCAGCAGGUGAUAGUCUCGUACGAAGAGGAGCUGCUAGUGAAGGAGCACUGCGAGCUGUGGCCUGCCAUCCCGUACUGGUGGGGGAACAAAACGGCCACGCGGCGCCUUAUCCGGUACCUGGAGCGCAUGAAGCGGAUCGGCCGGCCUGAACGAUUCUUUGUAGCAGGGAUUAAUCUUACUGAAAAUUUACCGUAUAUUCUCGCACACCCAUUUGGAUCACUGAAGAAAAUGACACUCCAGAAUCUUCCGUACCUGAAAAUCUGGGUAAAGCAACAGUAUCCAGGAACAAAAAAAGAAUGUAUUAACAUCAUUGCUGGAGACUUCAUAGGAAAUAAUGACUUUGUGAAAGAUGUGAUAGAACUUAACAAAAAAAUUAAUCCUCCAUUAAACUGUUAUGGCAAAGGAGCUGGAGGAAAUACCGAGCCAUUCUGAGCUGCUGCUUCUUUGAAAAGACCUUCUCUGCAUUUAAUGUUUCCUGCUUUAAACAAUCCUGGACUACACAAAGGACCAAUUAAUUUAAAUGAGGGAUGUUUUCAAGACUCUGUAGGAGAGCUCAGUAUCAUCAGGGUUUAAAGACCUUUUCAGAUAAAACUGGAGAGAGCAGGAAGACCUUCCUUAAGGUUCUAGAGAACUACAGUAUAGAUACAAUUUAUUGGAGGUGCUUAGCUUCUGCACCAUCACUAAUACUGACAGUCCCAAGAACUUAAUCUGAUUUUGAUUUUACUUUUGAGCCAGACGGAUAAGUACAAUGUCAGUAUGCAUAUGAAUUAUUCAGUGAUCAGAUUUUAUUUCUCUUGCAACUUCAAAUCAUGUCAAAGAUAUUUUGCACAUACUCACAAGCUCCAUCUCUCACUAUUUUAUAUUAGCACGAAACUAUCUUGUCUGUUUUCAYAGUGUGUCUUAAAUAUAUGAACAGUUAAAGAAUCUUCCUGAUAUAUUAAAGAGAGUUCACCAGCAAUCCUAUUUGAAAUUAUUUUUAUACACAUCAAGAGCAUGGGAGGUCUAGGAACAGCUGUACUACUACUGUAUGUUGAGUGUCAGUUGUGAGCCACUUUAUCAAGGGRUAAUCACAAUAUUCUUCAUGAUUUUAUAAAAGAUGCAUAUAUUUAAAAAAUAUUUACUACUUUUUAUACUUUCAUGCUAGUACUAAUCUAAAGCUACUAGAAGUAAGCAAGUCCCUAGACAGUUUUGACWGUUAUUAGAAGCUGCCACCAAAAACAAACACCCAUGAAACUAGUGCCCAAUGUCCACAGAAAGGGCCUGCUCUAUAAAAGCAGUUUCUUGGCUUUUGUCAUGCUCUUUUGCGUUUUAGAACUGAUUUUCAAUGAUGUAUCUAUUUUAGGAGCUCUACGGUUAUUUUUCACCCCAAUAAAUGUUUAUGCUUAUGCAAAAACUAAGUGUUUUAUACUGCUUGUUACUGSACAAUAAUUCUAUUUUUCUGAUUUUUUUUUAAUGAACUGUGC